GUAAUCUUGACUGAUUAUAUCAACAUUUUAAUAAUACUUACUGGUGGACAGAUCUACCUUCAUUAGGCUUGUGUUAUACAAGAAAUACCUUGUCCUGAAUCGGUCUAACACCACAAUUAUCUACAGACGCUCGCACUUUUAAUAAAUAAGGCAAAAUAUACCAAUUUAGUGACAGAACUGUCAAAAAUUUGAAAUGUCUAGUCCACAUAACAUGGGUUUGUCCUUCUACAUUGUGUCAAUGAGUGAUCAUAACCAAGCUCCGCCACAUCUAUAGCGUCAUGUGCCAGCACAUCUGCUAGAUACGGAAAGGCACUGCGGUGGAGCACCUCGAUCUUGGGUAAAUGGCUUAUACAGCAGCCUCAUCUUCAGGCUUAAUAGCUUCUACAGAGAUAAUUGAAAUAGAGCGAAAACUAAAUAUGAAACAGUUUAUAGAAAUGAUUGUGAGUAGCGUUUUUGCAAAGGAAACUCGAAGCCGUUUAGUUCUCCAGGUUAGCUAG